GAUCAAGAGUUGCAUGCUCUACAAACAGAGCCAGCCAGGCACCCCCUCACAUGAAUUUCUUUGACUCUAGAAGUUCACAAAUGAAAUGAGACAGGAAGGGAGGCAGAAUAUCUUGAAUCUGGAAGUAGAUGAGGUGGUCUCUCCUAGAGGGGUGAAGCAGAGCCAGGGGUAUAAAACCACACCCCCUUGGGGGACUGUGGCAGACUGAUACUUGGGACACCCAAUGGAAGACUGUGAGGUCAGGGGCGGGGCUAGCUCCAGGGGGGCCCCAGGCGCCCCAACAGCAGUUCAGAGCAUGCGGUGUCCAGGAGGAAGCUACAACCGGCUUGAGAAUACGCUGUUCCUCCCUCCCCUUUCCACCAUGGACCCCACACCGUGGCCUUUCUUCCAGGUCCUCUGAGAUUGGUACCCAGGCAAAGCACAAUGCCCCUGUUCCCGACGACAAGACUGCCUAGCCCCUAUGGCUCUGAUCGGCUGGUACGGCUAGCAGCCAGGCUCCGGCCAGCACUAUGUGAUACCUUGAUCACUGUGGGAAGCCAAGAAUUCCCUGCGCACAGCCUGGUCCUGGCAGGUGUGAGCCAGCAGCUGGGCCGCAGGGGCCGCUGGGCUCUGGUGAAAGGCAUCAGCCCUUCUACCUUUGCCCAGCUUCUGUACUUUGUUUAUGGAGAGAGUGUAGAACUGCAGCCUGGGGAACUGGGACCCCUUGAGGAAGCGGCCAGAACCUUGGGGGUGCAGUCCCUGGAAGAGGCAUGCAGGAGGGCUCGACAGGACAGGGCUAGAGAACGGGGUCCAGGGCUCAAGGAACAUCAGGAGGAGCCAGAGAAACUCACAAGGGAUUCUGAGAGAGGACUGGAGGGACAUGGAGAGCAGAGACCAGAGAAAUUUAUUAGAGCUGGUUGGAGAGAACGAGAGAUACUGCAUGAGCAAAGGCCUUCAAGAGAGAGCCCUGAGAUAGCAGAGGCAAGGCAGGAGGGUGCAGGGGAGCAGAUGAGAUCAAAGGAAAAACUCAAGCAAUCCCCUACUGGCUAUGGGGGAACAGAUGGGAAGCAAGAAGUGAUUAUGUGGGUGACGGAGAGUCCAGGGGGCUCUGAGGAAAGUCUGCGGGAGUUCUCUGGCCACCUUCCCCCACCAAGUUCCCUCCAAACAAGCGUCAUUCCUAGGCCCUGGUGGCCUGAGGCCCCUUGGUUGGGGGAGGGCCAGCCUGCCCUGUGGAGCAUCCUGCUGUUGCCACCCAGAUAUGGCACUCCCUUCUCCCAUAGCACCCCCAUCACUGGAGCCUGGCAGGAGGUCUGGCCUCGGGACCAGAGGAUCCCACUGUCCCUGAACCCUGAGAAAGGUCUCCGGAACCAGAACCAGUUGGCCAACUCCAGUCCUGCCCCAGGUUCCCUCCCCCAGGGCCCCACAAAGUUCAGCCCUGGGGAGAUGGAAGAGUCUGAUCAGAGGCACACAGGUGUACUUGCAACCUGUGUGGGUCAUGUGAGUACAGCAGGCCCAUCCCACCAACAACCUCCCCCACCCCCACCUGGUCGGUCUCGGCCCUAUUCUUGUUCUGUCUGUGGAAAAAGGUUCUCACUCAAGCAUCAGAUGGAGACUCACUACCGAGUCCACACAGGAGAGAAGCCUUUCUCCUGUAGCCUCUGCCCCCAGCGCUCCCGGGACUUCUCAGCCAUGACCAAGCACCUGCGGACGCAUGGGGCCGCACCCUACCGCUGCCCUCUGUGCCGGGCCGGCUGCCCCAGCCUGGCCUCCAUGCAGGCGCACAUGCGCGGCCACUCGCCCAGCCAGCUCCCACCUGGAUGGACCAUUCGCUCUACCUUCCUCUACUCCUCCUCUUCGAGGCCGUCCCGGGCCUCGACCUCUCCCUGUGGGUCCCCUUCCUCCACCACCUGACGGUGUUGGUAGCUUCUUUGGCUUCAGCCAACAAUACAAUUAAAGAAUGAAAGACGGGCCGACGGGGCUGGCUAGGUUUCUGAUCCAGCACCGCAGCUAUUGGCAGCCUAGCAAAUUCGGCUCCAAGAAGCACCGCAGGAAAGGCGCUGAAAGCCUUCUCCCAGAUGGCCCCGGGCCCCAGAAGUCUGGGCCAGCGAGCCCGUGUGGGGUGUGGGCAGUGAAGUUUGCACGAGUUAAAAUUAAUUGUGCGGGAACUGGCGAUUCCAUCAAAAUAAAGAGUUUCCUGUGCCCUCUCAGGACCAGAA